AUGGCUCUCGCGCCGGUAGCAACAGUAGCGGCCUGCGGCAGCAUCCUCACUGCAGUCAAGUCAGGAUGGGAGCUCUCCCGGAUGAUCAAGAAGAAGGAUCUUGAGAAGCGGCUGGAUAAGGAAGCCAAGACGGUUGUCCGCGACCUCCAGAACGCGUACCUCGAUGGGCUCAUGUCGGAGAGGUCGUUCGAGAAGUGGUAUGACAGAAUCGUGGGUGCUCUCGCAGAGAAGGAUGGCAUGGAGCUUCGCAAGGUCCGCCAGCACAUUGAUCUCGUGCGGUCGUCCAAGGACCGCAUUACACGUAGCAACACGCGGGCGAACCGCAGUAGCGGCUACUAUUACGAUGAGAAGCAGCCCCACCAUCACCACCACCAUCACUCCCAUCGGCGGCCGCACUCUGUGGACCGGUAUUCGGAGUACACGCGUUACGAGGAGAAGGGUCGGCGGCCCAAGUACGACCACGGCAGCCACCACAACCCACAUCUGAGCCUGGACACGGACAAGGCACAGCGUGAGUACUACUACUCGCACGCGCUCCCAUCGCCGUACAAGGGAGAGAUUGAGUACACGCCGCUCAACGGGGAGUUCGAAGACGUGCGGAGCCACGCGGGGUCAGAGCGCAGGGGACGCGGGAGGGGUCACGGCCACCACGGCGACAGGAAGGAGGAGUUCGUCUCGCGGAGCAGCAGCGUGGUCGACAGGGGGCGCACGCGGUCGCGGAGCGUGCACCAGGAGCGGCGGGUGCGUGACAGCUCUGCGGACGCCGACUCGGAGGCUGAGGAGGUGGUGGUGCCGACAGAGGUCGAGCUGAGGGAAAUGGGUGGUGGCAACGAGACGUUUGGCGAGAUGAACGAGAUGCUAGACGUGGCGAUUGCGGUUGGCGACUUUGGCGAGGGUAUCGGCGCAGUGGGCGAAAUCUGUGAGAUCCUGGGGGCGUUUGGGGACAUGGACCUGUAG